AUGUCCAGCCGGAAGAAUGGCCAUAUUAUAAAUACACCAGAUAUGGGAGCGUUGAAUGCGGGAAACAACAACUCGAAUACUCUGGAUAUCCCAAGGGCUGAACCAUCAGGGUCGCUGGUCCUGAACUCCCCGUUUGUUCUUGAAAACAUCAUAGAUACCAAUGUAACUAUUCGCUCCCCUCGUAAGUGUCGCGGUAUCAAAACAAGAUCGGUACGAAGUUCGCCGGAAUCGGGUCACAGGGCAAGUACGCACAAGAAACCCAUUUCCAGGGACAAUUUGGCCAUUCCCUUGCCGGGAAGUACUACUGGUUUACUCACUCCUCCUGUCUCGGCGGAUAGCAAGCAGGACUCGUCGAAAGACCUCCGACAACUACCAGGUACGACAACUCUCUGCGGAUGA